GGAUAGAGUCGGAAACAUCUCAGACGAAUAUUCUGAACAAAAGGCGAAAUAAAACGGACAGUCAAGACAGAAUACCCUACUACGUGUGUUGGUUCAAUAGAAAUUGAAUCCUAUUCAGGCUAAUCAAUCCAUACCUAGCGAUCCCGAUCAGGGAGUACAUUCGACAACACACCUCCUACACUCCAACACCCAUUCCAAUGGCCAACACACGGAAGCACGUUCACAUCACAUCCUCACCGGCAUAGAAGGAGUCUUCCUAAUUCUUUCCUCCAACAUCCCAAGCCCUCCGCUCCCUCCUCAAUCGCAAUUCUGAAGCCUAGUGCACCUCCUCGUGCUGGAUUUGCCUGUCUUCAAUGGCCGCCGACGAUCCCGCGACGCGUGCUGAGCCGUCCUCCACGACCGAACGUAAUGUGAAGCACGUCGUACUCGGUGAUCUCCUUUUCCAGACCUGGUACCAGUCCAUAUAUCCGGAGGACUUAGUCAGUAAGGAUACAGACAGGUUGUACGUCUGUCGCUGGUGCUUCCGUUACUCGUGCGACGAGCACGCCUACGCGAAACACACGCGCCUUUGCCCACAUCGGAAAUCACCGCCCGGGGUCAAGGUCUACGAGCAGGGAGACUACUCGGUCUGGGAGUUGGACGGCGAACAUCACAAGCUCUACGCGCAGAACCUCUCCCUUUUUGCGAAACUGUUUCUUGAUCACAAGUCGGUCUUCUUCGAUGUCGUGUCCUUCUUCUACUACCUCCUCGUUUUCACCGACCCCGCCGACCCCGAUUUCUACCACGUGCUGGGAUUCUUCUCGAAGGAAAAGCUCUCCUGGGAUGCCAACAAUCUCGCCUGUAUCCUGGUCUUCCCCCCGUACCAGCACAAGCAGCUUGGGAAAUUGUUGAUGGGGGUCAGUUAUAAGAUUAGUGCCUGGGAGCGCGACAGUGGGUUGAUCGGCGGGCCGGAGCGACCAUUGAGCGAAAUGGGUCGCAAGAGUUACGCGCGCUUCUGGGAGGAGCGUGUGGCCAGACACUUGCUCUUGCAUGGUUGGAAGGCCGAGGACGCAGAGGAAGCUGCUGUGCCACAGAAGUCGAAGUCCCCUAAGGGCCCGAAAAAGAGACCCGCCCAUGAGCUCAUGACAGUGCAGGACAUUGGUCUGGCAACGGGCAUGUUGACCGAGGACGUCAUCACAGCUCUCAGGGGCCUGGGAGUAGUUCAGCCGGCCACGCCGGCCAAGAAGCGGAAGUCAAAGGAUUCAUCUGGAGCGACUAGCGCUGGGGGUGACUCAAUUGUAACAAUACGAAAGACAACCGUCCUCGAAUGGGCCAAGUCUCAUCAUAUGGCCCUGUGGGACCCGGUUAAAGAUGAGGGGUUUCAUGGUAAAUGGGCUCCGACCGAUUCGGACGAAGAGAGCAAUGGGGACAGUAAUGAAAGCGGCGAUGGAUAGUCUCUCUUGCAGCUAUGCUCCUUUCUGUAUGCGCGUCUGUGGAACAGCGCCCUUUGUAUUACUACUAUCUACAUACGCU